UUGCUCUCAUAUUCUCCACCCCCCCCCCUUCCUUUUUGCAUGUGCAGCGCCUCUCUAGCCCUGCUCUCCUCCCUGCUCCCUCCCCAUGGGCUCUGCACAGCCGACCUCUCUCUCUCUCUCUCUCUCCUGCUGGUUCUUGGGGCUCUGAUGAUGGGCAGCUGAGGAUCUGGUACCCAAAGGAACUGGCAAGGCACUAGACACCGAGCCUACUACUUGCAGGAAGAGAGCUCUGUGCGGACGGGUGCAGCUGAUCUCUUCGCGUUUGGAGAGGAGAGGGACUGAGGGGAGCGGAUUUCACAGCUGAUUUCGCUGGGGCUCCUGGGCACCUUGUCUGGCACUUUGUCUUUGGGGAGCCUGCGGUUUGGUUGCACUUGCGGAGAGAAAGAGGGAGGGGUUGCUCCGAGACUUGGACAAUCCUCUGGGGCUUCGCAUCCUACCUACAGCCAUUGAGAGCAAGUGGCAUUUUGCAGGCUGGACCUCAGGUUCAUUUUCGGGGAGGUGGGCUGUUUUAUUUCCUCCCUGGCCCUCCCUCCUCGGAGCCAGAGAGACACACGCAGGACUGGCCGGGCGUUUUCUUUUUUUCUUUUUCUUUUGCUGGGCAACCCCCUGUUCUGAGCAAGGAGCCCCUCACCUCCUCCCCCCGCGUCCCCGCCCCCCUCCCCCCGAUGAGAGGCUGCUGGGCUCCAGGGAUCCGGCUCAGCCUCGAGCGGAGGCAAAGCCCAGGGGGAGCCAGGCGGUGCACCAGCUGCUACUGACCCUGCUGCAAACUUUUCUACCCGCGCCCAGCGCCCCGCCAGAGCAUGUAAAGGAAGCGCCAGCAGCGUCCUGCUUCACCUGAGACCCAGAGCCCAGCCCCCCGCCCGCCCCCCGGUUACACAGGUCGUGAGCGGACCGGCCCCUUCGCCCCGGAGGAGUGAUGCUGAUCAGAGAGCUGCUGCUGCUCCUCCACUGCUGCUGGCCUUCCCUGCUGCUGCACUGCGCCCUGCACCCCCUCUGGGGCUUCAUUCAGAUCAUUCAAGGUGAACCCCAGAAGUCAUGUUCCAAGUCUCUAGCAGAGAAGGUUACGGAGAGUUGCCAGCAAAUCUGCCAGUGUAGACCACCUCCUCCAUUACCCCCACCUCCACCACCCCCACCACCUCCUAGGUUGCUUGUGGUCCCAACUCCCAAAUCUACCUUUUGCCCCACUGAAGAAACCUGGUGGCCAGGCCUGGUUAUAAUCAUUGCAGUAUGCUGCACCACACUAGUGUUCCUCUUUGUAGUUGUCAUCAUUUGCUACAAAGCCAUAAAAAGGAAACCGCUGAGAAAAGAAGAGAAUGGAACAAGUCGAGCUGAAUAUGCAAUGACGUCCUCCCAGAACAACAAAACAGUUGAUAAUGCAGUGGUAUAAUCUCCAGAACCCCCACAAGACAUGGGAGGUGUUAAACUUUAAAAGCACACACACAAAGCAUGCAAGUUGGGUGAAAUAAGGAAAUGAAAGAAGCUCUGUGGCCAUGGACUUCAUUUCGGGAAUAGUGCACGUAUCAGUUAUUCAGAGAAGAAAAGCAGACUGCUCUUCAGCCUUGCUGAUUGUCAAAGGGAAGAUAAACUUGCCAGUCAGGGCUACCCAGAAAAAAAGACCUCACAAAGGCAUAAUCACUGCAUGCCACAUCUGUUGAAAGCAACAUCAUGAUGCCUCCAGCUUCUGUCCCCCCCCCCCUUUUAUUUUUGAUUAUCCACAAAGAGCUGCUUAAAUUGGGUCCUUUGAUGUGAAGGUGAUAUGUCAGAGUGGCAGCAAUUUAUUAAAAACGGGUCUGAGAUUCAGAGGGUGGAAAUCUUCACCUGCGUGCUUCUCCAGCUUGUGCAGUGUUUUCUUUUACAAUCUAGAAGCAUCAUAGUCUCAAUUAACUAUUAUUUUGUUAUUAGAAGGAAUUAAUCCACCGAGCAACCAAAAAUUGCAUGAACUUGUGAGUUAACCCAGGAAAUACAGUCUGGUGACUAUGCAAUUUCCAUGGCUGAAGACUUUUCAAACAAAAGAAGUCAAAGUAUGAUAAUUGGCAAUUAGCAUAGCUUAUUAAAGAUAAGAUAAUAUUAAAAGGUGCUUUGAACACAGUUACUUCAUAAUCAGCCUCUAUUUUCCCCUGAAUAUCCUUUAUCUCCUAGCUUUAAACAAGUUCUAGAUUUCUCCUGCUCUGUGAAGUUCUGCACAUUUACUGUAUUUGCAUCACACAGAACCAUCAGAGAAUCCCUCUAGAAAGGAUUUUGUUUACAGUUUGGAGUGAAUAUUUGGGCUUGACCAUGUUGAAAGGACUAGCAGCACUGGAAACUGAAGUCCUCCUUAUCUAUCUAUUGAUCAACUGCUGGGGCAGAAAACAAGUGUCAUUUCCUGAAGGUUUCGCAUUUCCUGAGCUGGCCCACCAAGGACUUUGUAGGCCUGACUUAGAGGACUAUUUACUAGUGACUAGUAAAUCGGUGUGCCCGUGUUAGCUCAGUCCUCUGCAUUUCCUGAGUAGAGACUGCCAAUUGUGCCAAAUUCUAUGUGAUAGCUUUGUGUUGUACCUUUUCGUGACAUGGAUUGCAGAUUAUUAAAAGUGAAGCUGAAUCCACCAGACUCAUUUCACUUAGGAUCUCAGGUUAGACUUAAUCAGUAAUCCCCUAGGGUAAAGGCCAGUGUUUUGUCUACAGUAUUGCCCACCCCAACCUUCUGAUAUAGGAUGUUUGGAAAUAUUAUUUUUGUCAUUCAAUUGGUAUGUCUCCAUUUAUCACUGUGCUGAAAAUAUCAAUGCAGUGAAAAGAAAGUUAUACCACACUCCGGCUUCUCGUCUUGCUGUCAAGCUUCAAUAAUACUUUGUCUCUGUGUCUUCGAAAAACUCAAACAAGCCAUUGCAGUCUCAUUGAAUAAAGUAACUGCACGUUGGCAUUAAAAUAUGUCAGUACUGAAACAUGUUGAUAUUUUUAGUUUUACAUAAGGAUGGGCCUGAGCUGCAAAACUUGGAUCUGAAUUUUGAAAACCCCAUUGUUUGAGGCUUUUCCAUGUCUCAUGGUUUAGGGGACGCUGUGAAAUUUGGAUUCUGAAGCUCUUCCCCAGUAAAGUUCCAAGGUACUCAGGUCAAGAAUUUUGGUUCAGACCCAUCUCUAGUUUUCUAUUACCUACUGAAUGGAUAGGGUAUAUGUAAAUAUAUGUAUCCUUUCACUGACAAAACAAAAUGCUGCUAUAUACUGUUGUUGAGGAAUCUAUGGAGUUAUGAGAUUAUUUUUUCAGCCUGUCAUCCCUAUAUAGCAGUUUAGGUACAUGAAUAUUAUUUUUUAAAUGUCAAGUCUUUCUUGAGGUGGAAUGAAUGCAAAUGCAAAAGUGAAAAGAAAUAAGUAACCCUUCACCCCAAGAAUAUGAUCAUAUAUUUCCCUGCUGUAUUUAUAUUGUAUGCUUGCACAAAAUACACCGAUAUAUUUUUAGGUGGAAUUAACAAUGACAGAAUUUACAAUUUGAAUCUACUGUCCCAAAUAUUCAUUGCCUAAGGCAAUUACCCCCUAAAUACUAUAAUAAAAACAUGUUACUGUCUUUCGAGGGUUUCUCAAUGCAUAAGAUUAUUUGGUGUAGUUAAUUAUGUUUUGUCUUUUUAAUUUUUUUUUUAAAAAAAUUUCAUACAACUGUGCCAUAGUUUGAGACUGGUUGCAUGCAUAGCUGAGAGUACAUAGUAUGAUCAUGGUCCAAACUCCCUCUUAGCACCUUAUCUUAAUGCUCGCUGAUUUUCUUUAUUUCCUAGUAAAGUUUUAAAGACAGGCUCUGUAAGGCCAAGAUUGAAAAAGGGGUUUGUAGAUCACUAUGUCUAUUAAAAUGUAUGUUUUUGCAAAAAAUCUAAGCACAGGCCAUACGGGCUUAAUCCUAAUCUAAUUCAUUUCAAUGGAAAGAGAAUCUGACCCAUGACCUAAAAUACAAUCAAAAUUUAACCCAUGCUCCCUAAAUUAUUUAUAGUGGAAUGUGUGACCUGAACAGUGAACACACAAUGGAGAGGCAGCAUGUUUCAAUGGAAAGAGCACUGGACAGAGACUCUGGAGACCUGGGUUUUAUUGUCAGUUGUGCCACGGACCUUCAGUGUAAUUUUUGGCAAGUCACUUUGCCUCUCUGUGCCUCAGUUUCCCCCAGGGGAAUAAUGGUACUUGCCUUCCUUACAACAGUAUCUUGAGAUAUAUAAUGACAAGCACUGCAUAGGAGCUAAGUAGUAACCAGAUUUGUGGACAGUUUCAAUGAGCAUAUUAAGGCACAUGAAUUGUAAAUUGUUGUUCACCACAAUAUUGAUUCGUUAUAGCUGAAUGUGCACCUCAAUGCAUUUAAAAAGCAAACAUCUAAAAUUCUUUCAUUGGUCACUGGCCAAGUUAGGACAGCAACAGUUAAAAUAAGCAAUUUCUCCUCUCUGGUUUACUCUGAACAUUCAUGGAUCAUGCUUUUGGAAUAGGUAGAAAAUUCUGCAGGGAUAAUUCUGCUUUUAGAAUCCUGACUUCCCCACCUGCAGUCGAAUACAUUGCCGCAAAAUGUAAGGGGAUCUUAAGAGGGGCACUGGGAGAAAUAUACUGGAAGUGGAUUCCAAUCUUCGGAAAAGAGAGGCCAAUGAGGUGAUGCCUUGGGGGAUGUCUUCUGAAGCUUUCUGAUGAGUUCAGGGUUUUGUUUAAGACUGCAAAGCUUCAAUAAAAGGAGCUUGUGUGUUCCCUUAUUACACAUUUAAUUAAAUAUAAAAGGAAUAGAGCAGCCUUGAGAGAUAAGUGUUGCACUACAACAGUGACCCUGUAGAGCAGGAAUUGGCAAUUCAAAAUAGAAAUUCACAGGAUUUAAAGAAUAUUUUUAGCCUCUAAAAUGAUAAAGUAUUGAAAGGCCCUAUAUAGCUAGAUACACCAGAUGAGGCUCUUGCUCAUGAUGUGAAGUCAGGGUGAUUUACACUAGCUGAGGAUCUGGCUCAGAGAGUUACGAGUUUCUAGAUUUGCAUUCCUCUGUUACUAAAACAAGACUUUACUUAGUGACUAUAGCUUUAACCUCUAAUCAUGGUCAGACUUGCACAUAAACUACCUGAAUAUUUUAUGUCUGAGACAAUGAAUUAACUAUGAUUUUUAUUUUUAAUUCUAAUUUUAAAUAAAUAUUUGCAAUUAGGAGACUCAUAGGUGAGACCAGCUCUAAAGGGUCUGAUCCUGCAAACUGCUAAGCACCCAACCCUCACUAACAUCAAGAGAGUUGAAGGUGCUUAGCCCCUUGCUAACUCAGACACAACAAACACAUGACUAGCAUAGAGCCUAGACCCUGCUUAGAAGCUGCAAAAACAGACUAUAAAGGAUGGACAGUUCUAUAGGUUUAAGGUAUAGAAUAUACAUGUACAGACCUGAUUCUCCACAGCCUUGCACUGUGUGUUGUCAUUUACACUAUGCAAUGUGGGUAGAAACCUAUUGUUCUGAUUUGGUGGCAUUUUACACUCACUUUGUAGAGAUAUAAAUUACUAUGCAUAGUGUAAGACAAUGGAAAAAUCAGACCUAUUAUAAAUAUAUAUAUUUACAAUACUCCCUGCAUCUGUACAAACAAAAAUAUGAUUUUAUACUGCAAAGAUAAUGUGUUAAAAUUAAUGCAUGAAUGUAAAUAUUCUGAGAUCUGCCUUCUUGACUGUGUACCACAUGUACAGAUGAAAACAAAUAUUGUUUAUGGGAAAUCUGUAUCGGUGAUAAAUGACUAAAGAGAAAAAAAAUCAGAAUUAAUGUUGUCAUGUUUCUCAAACAAGCCAUUAAUGUAUAUUUAGAAUUUAAAGAUAUUGCUCAAUAAGUAUGUUCUGUACCAAAAACUGUGUUGCAUAUACAGAUUGUGCAG